UCAGUGCGUAGACAUAUCGCGACAUUCCAUUGUCGUUCCAUUUCCUCUUCCGAAAAUUUUGAAGCACACCGAAUAUCUUCUGUGUUUAAUUCAGUUAAAACGCUGAUAUGAGGCUGUGUCUGCUAUUUGUGGUCACUCUGUUGUCCUUGGCCCCGGCAGUUCGUGGUGGUGACAAAAAGAAGCUCCAAAUUGGCAUCAAGAAAAGAGUUGACAACUGCCCCAUCAAGUCACGUAAAGGGGAUGUGCUGAACAUGCACUACACUGGAAAGCUGGAGGAUGGAACAGAGUUUGACAGCAGCAUUCCAAGGAACCAGCCCUUCACCUUUACUCUGGGAACUGGACAAGUCAUCAAAGGCUGGGACCAGGGCCUGCUCGGAAUGUGUGAGGGAGAGAAGAGGAAACUGGUCAUCCCCUCUGAGCUUGGAUACGGAGACAGAGGAGCGCCUCCUAAGAUUCCAGGUGGUGCCACUCUCAUUUUUGAAGUGGAACUGCUCAGCAUCGAGAGGAGGUCUGACUUGUAGUGAACAUUAACUUCAAAUAAAAUAAGCGGCCUGUUAGUGCUGGUUUUAAGUCAGUGUGCCCUACCAUAACUCCUAGACCAACACACAGGUUGACCGUUUCUCUUUACCAUUAGUCAUAGUACUGAGUACUGUAUAGUGCUAUAAGCAGUUGAAGACCCUGCAUAAUAUACAUACUAUUCAACUAUAACUAACAUCAUAUGUAACUGUGGUACUCCCUGGUGAAUUUGAACUCCAAUGCCUUAAACAUUUGAUAAUUUUUCGGUCAGCAUUCAAAGUUGCUCCUUGCCUCAUUCCUGUGUUAUGUUUUCCUGAAUGUUAUGCCAUGACCAGCUCUAGCUCUUUGACUUAAAUGUAUCAUCAUUCUCAUUUGGAGUAAUUUACCAGCCUGAUAAGUGUAAUUUACAGGGUACGUAUCAUGUUGAAGGAACAGGUUGAAUAACACACAUGCUAUAUGGUAGCACAAGAUAAGCGAUGGUGCACUAUUCAAUAGGGUUUUGGGCUAUAUUGAAAGGAUUCUUUGUAACAGAUUUUCCAUUUUGGAAUUCCAAUUUCACUACAUUGGUAUACAAGACUUGACCAAUGUUCUUGUUUCAGUAAAAUAUUAAAGAUUUGGAUUUUCAAAGUG